AUGGAGAAGAACGAACUCGACGCAAAGCACUCCCACGAUCUCGUGGAAGAUGGGCUGAACGAAUCCACCGACAUAGCUAUCUACAACGAAAAAGAAACCAAGGCGAUUCUACGGAAAAUUGACUGGCGCCUGCUUCCGAUGUUGACUGUCCUCUAUGUUCUGUCGUAUAUCGACAGGAGCAACAUGGGCAAUGCAAAGGUCGCUGGAAUGAACGAGGCACUGGGCCUGGUCGGAUCCCAGUAUAAUAUUGCGUUGACCGUGUUUUUCUUCCCCUACGCCUUACUCGAAGUCCCCUGCAACAUGGUGUUAAAGGUCCUUCGUCCAUCGAUUUGGAUUGGAGCCAUGAUGCUCUCCUGGGGAACAGUCAUGACCCUGAUGGGCAUUGUCAAGGAUUUUGACGGGUUGGCUGGAGCCAGGACGGCUCUUGGAGUCGCAGAAGCAGGCUUCUUCCCAGCAAGUACAUAUCUCCUAACAAUCUGGUACCGACGACUAGAGCUGCAGAGCCGGAUGGCCGUCUUCUACAGUGCCGCUUCAUUCUCCGGUGCAUUCUCCGGUCUCCUGGCAUUCGCCCUACAGAAAAUGGAGGGAAUUGGCGGCUUAGGAGGAUGGCAAUGGAUUUUCAUUGUCGAGGGCUUAGCAACUGUUGUUGUUGGUGUGACCUGCUUCUGGCUGCUUCCUGAUAGCCCCGAAACAGCGUCGUUUCUUCAGCCGGAGGAAAGGCGGUUUCUGUGUUAUCGUCUGAGAAAUGACGCUGGGACAGAGGCAGGCCAGGUCGAUCUGCACGAUAAGUUCCACUGGCCGACCAUUUGGGGCGUAUUCCUCGAUUGGAAGAUCUGGCUUGCUGUCAUCGUCUACUGGGGAAACACCGUCUCUAUAUAUGGAUUCACGUACACUGCGCCUAGCGUUAUCCUCGGCCUUGGAUACUCUGAAGCAAACGCCCAGCUGCUGACUAUUCCUAUUUACACGCUCGGUGCAAUCGGUACGCCUAUUAUUGCUGUCUUCUCCGACAGACAUAAGACGAGAUGGCCGUUUAUCAUCGGGCCUUACUGCAUUUCUGCAAUCGGAUUCCUCGGUCUCUUAUCUAUCCCCCAUCCAGCCUUGCCGGGUCUCACGUACGCAUUCCUGUUCUGCAUCCCGGUGGGUGUGUACCCGCCUCUAAUCGGGCUGGUGUCAUGGGUCGGGAACAACCUGGCCCCCUCUUGGAAACGAGCAGUAGGAAUGGCUUUACUGAUCUGCAUGGGGAAUCUGGGCGGCGCUGUUGGGAGUAAUAUCUACCUGGAAAAGCAGAAGCCACACUACUGGCUUGGGUUUGGGUUUGAGCUCGGGGUGUCCAUUGCGGCUAUCCUUGCUACGGUUGCGUUGAAGUUUGAGUAUGAGAGAUUGAAUCGUGGCAGGGAGACUGUUGAUCCUGAUCAGAUUCGGGCGAGAAUCAGCGAUCAGGAACUGCUGCAGAUGGGGGAUAAGAGUCCGCUGUUUAGGUAUAUUGUGUAG